GAUGAUGAUGAUGAUGAUGAUGGUGAUGAUGUAGGUGAUGAUGAUAAUGAUGAUCUUUAUGAUGAUCCUGGUGAUGAUGUUGACUAUCAAGAUGAUGAUGUUGAUAAUGCUGAUGAUGACGAUGAUGCUGAUGCUGAUGAUGAUGAUGAUGACGAUGAUGAUGUUGAUGAUGAAAAUAACGAUGAUGAUGUUGAUGAUGCUGAUGAUGAUGUUGAUGAUUGUGAUGAUGAUGAUGGUGACCGUGAUGGUGAUGCUGAUGAUGAUGAUGACGAUGAUGAUGAUAAUGAUGUUGAUUUUGAUGUUGCUGACGAUGAUCCGGAUUAUCAUGCUGUUGAUGUGGAUGAUGAUGACGAUGAUGAUGAUGUUGAUGUUGACGAUGAUUAUGAUGUUGAUGAUGACAAUGAUGCUGAUGAUUAUGAUAAUGAUGAUGUUGAUGAUGACGAUGAUGAUGAUAAUGAGGAUGACACUUAUCGUGAUGACGGCGAUUCUGCAGAAAAUGAUGAUAUUGACGAUCAUAAUGAUGAUGCUGAUGAUGAUGAUGAUGAUGAUCUCGAUGAUUCGGAUGAUGUUGGUGAAGAUGAUGAUAACGACGAUUAUUCGGAGGAUUAUGGUGAUGGUGAUGAUGCUGAUGAUGAUGAUUAUGAUGGUGUUGAUGAUGAUGAUGAUGAGGAUGAUGAUGUUGAUGAUGGUGUUGAUGAUGAUGAUGAUGAGGAUGAUGACGAUGACACUUAUCGUUUUGACAACGAUGAUGUAGAUGAUGAUGAUAAGGAUGUUCAUUAUGAUGAUGCGCAUGAUGAUGAUGACAACCAGGAUGAUGAUGUUGAUGAUUCUGAUGAUGACGAUGACGUUGAUGAUGAUGUUGAAGAUGAGGAUGAUGACUAUGAUGAUGAUGAUGAUGAUGAUGACAACGAUGAUGCUGAUGAUGAAGAUGAUGAUGAAAUUAAUGGUGAAUAUGAUGAUGACGAUGAUGGUGAUACGGAUGAUGACUCGAAUGAUGACUAUGUUGAUGAUGAUGAAGAUGAUGAUCAUGAUCACGAUCAUGAAGGUGAUGAUGAUGAUGAUGAAGAUGAUGAUGAUGAUGAUUCGGAUGAUGUUGAUGAUGAUUAUGAUGAUGAUUAUGAUGAUGAUGAUGAUGAUGAUGAUGAUAAUGAGGAUGAUACUUAUCUUUUUGACGGCGAUGAUUCAGAUGAUGAUAAUAACGAUCAUCAUAAGGAUGAUGCGUACGAUGUUGAUGACUAUCAGGUUGAUGAUUAUGUCAAUCACGAUGAUGAUGAUGAUGAUGAGAAUGAUGACUAUGUUGAUGAUGAUGAAGAUGUUGAUCAUGAUCAUGAUCAUGAAUGUGACGAUGAUGAUGAUGAAGAUGAUGAUGAUGAUGACGAUGAGGAUGAUGAGCAUGAUGACUAUGAUGAUGAUGAUGAAGAUGAUGAUCAUGAUCAUGAUCAUGAAGAUGAUGAUGUUGAUGAUGAUGGUGAAGAUAAUCAUGAAGGUGAUGAUGAUGAUGUUGAUGAUGAUGAUGAUGUCUAUCAUGAUGACGAUGACGGUGAUGUUGAUGAGGAUGAUGUUGAUGAUGUUGUUGAUGAUUCGUAUGAUGAGGAUGUUGAAGGUGAUCAUGAUGAUUUUGAUGAUGGUGAUUCACAUGAUGCUGAUGUUUAUGAUGAUGAUGUUGAUGAUGAUGAUAAAGAUACUUAUCGUGAUGACGGUGAUGAAGUAGAUGAUGAUGAUGAUUAUUCGGAUAAUGAUGAUGAAGAUGAUGAUAAUUUUGAUGAUUCGGUUGAUGAUGAUGGCGAUGAUAUUGAUGCCGGUGUUGAUAAUGAUGGUGAUGACGACAAUGAUGAUUAUUCUGAUGAUGAUGAUGAUGAUUAUAAUGUAGAUGUCCCUGAUGAUGAUGAUGAUGAUGAUAUUGAUGAUCAUUAUGAUGACGCUGGUGAUGAUGACGACUACCAUGAUGAUGACGAUGACGUUGAUGAUGUAGAUGAUGAUGAUAAUGAUGAUCAUUAUGAUGUUGCUGAUGAAGAUGGUGAAUAUCCAGAUAGUGAUGAUAUUGAUGAUGAUUCGGAAGAUGAAGAUAAUAACGAUGAUUCGGAUGAUUCGGAUGAUGAUGAUGAUGAUAAUGAUGAUGUUGAUUUUGAUGAUGACGAUGAGGAUGAUACUUAUCGUGAUGACGGUGAUGAUGUAGAUGAUGAUGAUAAUGAUCAUAAUUAUGAUGUUGCUGAUGAUGAUGCGGAAUAUCAUGAUGAUGACGUUGAUGAUGAUGAUGAUGAUGAUGUUGAUGAUUCGGAUGAUGAUGAUGGCGAUGAUAUUGAUGCGGGUGAUGAUAAUGAUGAUGUCUCUGAUGAUGAUGAUGAUGUUGAUGAGGAUGAUGAUGAUGACGAUGAUGACUCGGAUGAUGAUGAUGGCUAUGAUAUUGAUGCCGGUGAUGAUAAUGAUGGUGAUGACGAUAAUGAUGAUUAUUCUGAUGAUAAUGAUGAUGAUUAUAAUGUAGAUGUCCCUGAUGAUGAUG